UGCAAUGUUGGCCUCAUCUUGGCCGUGGCAGUUGGCUUGUUGUUGGUGGAAUUAUGGUGUUGGUUGUAUGAUUAUCGAGUGCUAAUUCGUAUUGAAACUUGUGUUCCUUGAUAUAUCAAGUGUUUAGAUAUGAGAAGAUUCUCCUGGUGUGUGUCUGAGUGUAGUGCCAUGAAGGAGGAACGCCAUCAGCAGUUGGUAACUUUAGGCGGCAUUGGAAUGCAUUACGUCGCUAGUUCGAGUGGCUGGAGGUGGGCAGGUGGGGUGUGUGAGCCGUGUCUGAUAUAUAAUAGUAAGGAUUGGCCUGCACCCACCACUUCCUGAGGACAGGCCAAGGCGGCCCCAUACCAUGUGAACAAGGAGUUGCGUUGUCAUGACUGCAGUUACUCUCUUCCGCGAACGCCAUCUCUGGUUUGGUCUGUGGAUGGCGGUGCUGCUGACUGCCUCUUGCCCCUCGCUCUCCGUUUCUGCAACCAUUAACCUCAAAAUGAUGAUAGUAAUUCUCCCGAGCACUAUUGCUGCUAAACUAAUGACACCGUCGCUUGAUCCUGACAAGAUAGAAUUAAAUGAAGAAGCAUUCGAGUAUCCCAGCAUGAUGUUAAAGGAGUCAUCUCUUUGGGGAGUAGAUAAAGACAUCAUGAAAAUACAGGAAGGAGAUGUAUCGAUGGUGAAGAUGAGGUUGCUGGGGGACAGUGAUGUGGAUGGACUGUGGCAUCUCACCCAAGAUGAAGAGGAGUUCCUGGGUCACCAGUUAAAAGGACUGGUGAAGAAUGAAAUGCCUCAGUGUACCUUACUGUUAGCCCACGACCUCCCUUACCGCCACUCUCACCUUCUUCGCCGCCUCCUCCUUCUCCCUAACCCCAAACAGGUGGUGGAGAUGAGUGAUGCUAGGAGUUUGGAAAGUGUGGCAUGGCGCGGCAAAUUGUGUCGAGGAUACAUCUUGCUCCUGACGAACCACACGACCCUCCACGCUUUUAUGAGUCAGCCUGACGGCCUGUGGGAUUUCAAAGGCAAAUUCGUUGUGGUUGGAGUUUCCCGAGAGGAACUUCAGGAACUGGCAUCAUCGAGGAAGGGCGUGAAGACGGAACACUUCAUCGGGAUUGUAAAGCAAGGACGGAAGGUCGGGCAGUGGGCCGUGUACACUUCCAUUCUGUAUCGCAGUGGGCCUGGAAAUCUUCACAGAGUAGCUACUUGGAGCAACACAUUACGUAACUCUCUUUCGUCCUCUAAUCUGGUCGAUUCCCAUGUUGCGCAGUUCGCAGAUCAUUUGAAAGACUUGUUCGGUAUUCCUCUGAAGGUGGUGACAUUUGAGUUCGAGCCAAGCGUUCUAUACUAUCGAGACUCCAGUGGAAAAGUGGAGUUCCCUUUUGGUAUAGACAUAGAGGUCGUCAAUGCACUUGCCAGAACCUUGAAUUUUACAAUAAUUUUUGAGGAGCCUCCUAAAGGAGAGCUGUGGGGAGUAGAAGGGGAUGAUGGGGAGUGGACAGGGAUGGUGGGACGAUUGGCAAGAGGUGAAGCAGACAUUGGAGUAGCCAAUCUUUUCCUCACCCUGACAAGACUUGGAGCAGUAGACUACAGUGCUCCUUAUGAUGCUGAGGUGAGCUGCUUCUUGGUGCGGAGUGAUCCUGCUGUCCCUCGUUGGAUGUCACUUGUCCUGCCCUUCCAGUUCACCACCUGGGGUGCAAUACUAGUUGGUGUUCUAGUUACUGGAGUCUUUCUAUAUGUAUUUGCUGUGGCUGGUGAUCGAUGUGGAGGUGAGGUGCCCAUUCUGCAGUCACUGUCCUUUGCUUGCUUCUAUGCUUCUGGGAUGCACUUCCGUGAGCCUCAACAGCUCAUGCCUCUUGGGCACAAUACACGAGUUUUUAUAUCCUUUUUAUGGAUAUAUGUUAUAAUUCUCACCACAGCCUACUGUUCAAACUUAACAGCUUUCCUCACUGUUACACAUCGGCCACAGGGCAUCAACACCAUCAGGUCACUUCAUGCUGCCCACAUGGAAGUUUCAGGUCUUGGAAGCUUCUUUAAGGGAGCCUUGGCCUCAGCAGUUGAUCCAUAUUUACAGGGUUUAGCUAAGAGGUUUGUACCAUAUCAAGAACUGGACCUUGUAUGGAACCAGGUGAAGGAGGGGCAUGCAGCUUAUCUCCACAACAGGCAGUUCCUUGAGUUUGUCAUUGCCACACAGUUUACUAGCACCAAAGGAGAAAGUAGCAUGAGAAUAAUGAAGGAAUGCUUUGCACCAUACAGCAUUGCCAUGGCCCUCCAACGAAAUUCACCACUGAAGAAAAAAUUUGACCAUGUCAUUAGCUGGAUGCUGGCAAGUGGUCUUGUACGCCAUUGGUUUCUGGAAUCCUUAAGGUUGUCUCGAAAGGUAAAGACAAAGGUCAGCAAUAAAGUUGGAAGCCAAUACAACACCACCACUUCGUUACAACUCAGUGGGAUUCAAGGAGUGAUUCCCCUUAGUACUAACCAUAUGCAAGGAGUGUUUUUCAUAUACAUGAUUGGACAACUAGUGGCAUUCCUUGUCUUAGUGAUGGAGUGCUGUCAAUCCCAUUUCUCUAACAAAACCUGAUGAAACCUCCCCAGAUCUUAUUCUUCACACUAAUCCAACUUGGUCUUGAAAGUUAUGUAUAUUGUGAAAGUAACGAUCUCUAUGACAUGAAUAAAAUCAAAAUUGGCAAGUUGUCACUCACCAACCACAGAGAAUAAAAUCAUGAAA